UUGACGUGUGUUCAUUUUGUACAGUAAACAUAUAGGUUAAUAGUUUUAUUGCAAUUUAAAGACUUUAUUUAUACUUUGUAUAAAUUAAAAAUAUGCUCGGAUUAUAAGUUAUUCAAAAAUCAUACUAAGAACGCGGCUUCUGUAAGAAGCAAUCAAGUCAAUAUGAGGAAAGAAGAGGUACAAGAUAUCUUUCUGAAAAUUCUGAGAGAAGAAGAGGAUGUAUCCGUUGGAGUUGCGGCUAUUAAAACCUUAUUAACAGUCAUUGAAAAUUAUAAAGUGGCCACAGUGAGAGAGUUGGACUUGAAUCUCCAAUUAGCGGUGGACGCAAUGCGACACUGUGAUCAGCCAGUGGCUGCUAUUUCUUCUGGUUGUGAACUCUUCAUGAGGUUUAUUACGUUUGCCAAGUUAGAUGUUAAGUCAUUUGAAGAAUGUGAACAGAUAAUGUUGCAGCGAGGGAGAGUGUUCCUGGACACACUGUUACAAGCCAGAGGGAAGGUGGCCAAACAGGCAUUGCCAUUUAUUAGUGAUGGAUGUAAAAUUUUAACACAUUCAAGAUCUAGGGUGGUACUAGCUGCAAUGCUCGAAGCAGUGAAAGCAAAUAAAAGAUUUCAAGUGUUUGUAACAUCUUCUUGUCCUGAUAACAGUGGGGAAAGAAUGCAUAAAGAACUGGUAGCGGCGGGUAUAGAAGCAACUCUUAUCUUGGACUCUGCUGUUGGUUAUAUUAUGGAACAAAUUGACAUUGUCAUGAUCGGUGCAGAGGGAGUAACCGAGAGUGGCGGCAUUAUUAAUAAGAUCGGCACAUACUGCUUGGCGAUGUCAGCGCUAGAACUAAAGAAACCAGUAUACGUACUUACAGAAAGUUUCAAAUUCUCUAGAAUAUAUCCGCUCAACCAGCAAGACCUGCCCAAUGAAUUCAAAUAUCUCUCAAGUGUGAUAAAAUCUGGAAAUCUAUCAAAACAACAUCCUUUAGUAGAUUAUACUCCUCCUGCAUAUAUAACAUUACUGUUCACGGAUCUGGGAAUCCUUACGCCAUCAGCAGUUAGUGACGAACUUAUUAAACUGUAUUUGUAAAUAAUAAAAUAAUUGUAUAUUA